AUGUAUUUCUACCGGAAUGGCGCCAUCUCAAAAUCUGAGAUAGAGCGUGCGAUUAUCGAGAUUUAUAAAGCAGUUCUUCGAUACGCAGCGGAACUGCUGGCUGUUCAGAACGCUAGUGUCGGAAGGAGAAUACUGGACAGUGUUACCCCGAUAACCGGUCAACGCCUCACGGAACUGCGAUCCUCCGUAGAAAAUGAAUGGCAGAAGCUCUGCCAGUGGGUGCAGCUUGAUGCAUUUGAUAACUUGUUGCAGAACGGCAGACAAGCAGAGCUUCGUUUGGCCAGAAUUGACGACGAAGUGUCCAAGGUUCUCCGAGUCCUCCAGAAUUUCAGUCUGCCCGUUGCCAAAGGAGCGUACUAUAAUUCAUACGCCAAUCAGCAUGACGACAGAUGCCUUCCAAACACUAGGGUCGAGCUGCUCAGCCAGAUCUCAGAAUGGGCCCAAUCUUGCGAAAGCAAACAUAUAUUCUGGCUGAACGGCAUGGCUGGGACCGGCAAGUCCACUAUCGCUCGAACGGUUGCUCAUUCAUUCGAUAAUGAGGGGAAGCUGGGAGCUAGUUUCUUCUUCAAGCGAGGUGAAGCAGACCGUGGCAAUGCCGAAAGGUUUAUAUCUACUGUCACGAAAGAUCUGAUGACAAAAAUUCCGCAGCUGGUACCCGAGGUGGCCCUUUCGCUGUUCACCGACGCCGGCGUUGACGACCAUGGGAAUGCGUCGUCAUCGUCUAUCAUCGCCUGA